UUUUUUGUUGAUAGAACAUAUAUAAUAUAUUUGUCGUACCAAAAGGGGUGGUACCCCAAGCCUUCUGGUUUGUCAUUUCGGUGGUCCACAACUGUGCCUGAGCAUUGUGGUGGUUGAGGUUCAUUGCAGUGCGGUUUCGUUCCUGUUCUGAACCACUGGGUUUCUCGCUUAGGCUUCCAGCUUGCUUUGAGGACGGUGAGCUAAGCUAGUGUUAGGGUCUCUCUCUCUGGUGGAGGUGGAGGCCAGCCGGUUGAUGGGUGUGGUUUUGGUCUAUUCUGUCAUUGGUUCCAAACCGGCGAAGCCUGUUGGUUUCAGUAGCCUCUCAAAUCCCUUCACAUCUCUUUUCUUUUCAGAUUUGAAUCCGUACGUCAUGGCCUUAAAGGUGGAAGCUAAAGGUGGAAAGGGAGGGAAUCAGUGGGAUGAUGGAUCCGAUUAUGAGGAUGUAACAAAGAUACAUGUACGAGGUGGUCUUCAAGGCAUUCAGUUCAUCAAGUUUGAGUAUGUCAAAGCUGGAAACGCAAUUGUUGGACCAAUCCAUGGUGUCUAUGGUCGUGGUUUCACACAAACGUUUGAGAUUAACCAUCGCAACAAAGAACAUAUUGUCUCUGUUAAUGGUUGUUAUGAUAACACAUCCGGUGUGAUUCAAGCACUUCAAUUCGAAACCAACAUGAGGAGUUCUGAAGUCAUGGGAUACGAUGAGAAUGGAACUAAGUUUACACUUGCAGCUGGCGGAAACAAAAUCAUUGGGUUUCAUGGAUCUGCUGAGACAAAUCUAAUGUCUCUUGGAGCUUAUUUCAUAACACUUCCUCCUAUUAAAAUGGAACAGCAAGGUGGUUGUGGUGGCCACCCAUGGGACCAUGGUAUUUACAACGGCGUAAGAAAAGUGUAUGUUACAUAUAGUCCUAGUGGGAUAUCACAUAUCAUGGUCGAGUACGACAAAGUGGGAAAACAGGAAACACGCGAAAGCGGGGAUAGGCUUGGAGAAAAUAGGGUCCAAGGACAACAAAAGGAGUUUACACUGGACUAUCCAAAUGAAUAUAUUACAUCUGUUGAGGGGACCUGUGACCUAGGCUCCGCUAGUUAUUCAAACCGAGUUAGGUCGUUGAGUUUCAAGACAUCAAAAGAGAGAAUCUCUCCUACAUAUGGGACAGUUGGUAGUCGCACUUUCGUGUUGGAGAGCAAAGGUAGAGCUCUCGUUGGGUUUUACGGACAGGCAGGCUUUGCUAUGGAUGCUAUUGGGGCAUAUUUUGGUUCACGCCCUAUUCCUCCUUCCCCUCCUCCAGCGGAAAAACUACAAGGAAAAGGUGGUGACGGAGGAGCUUCAUGGGACGAUGGUGUUUUUGACGGUGUGAGAAAGAUAUACAUUGGACAAGGUGAUAAUGGUGUUGCAUCCGUCAAGUUCGUGUAUGACAAAAACAACCAGGUGGUGCUGGGAGAAGAUCAUGGCAAGAUGACUUUGCUUGGAUACGAAGAGCUCGAGUUGGCGUAUCCGAGUGAAUACAUCACGGCAGUAGAAGGUUGUUACGAUAAUAUAUUUGGAGCUUCCACAGUAAUAACCAUGCUUAAGUUCAAGACCAAUGUACGAACCUCACCGCCUUUUGGACUCGAAACUACCUCAACCUUCGUACUCGAGAAGGAAGGUCACAAAAUCGUUGGGUUCCACGGAAAAGCUAGUGACCAGCUCCAUCAGUUCGGAGUCAGCGUUGCACCCAUCACAAAGUAACGUCUUUGAUAUAUUUCUCAUAUCGAAUUUAAGGAGUCAGCGUUGCCACUUUUCAACGUGUUGUGUCUUCAAUGUUUUUAUUUUGGCAUCUGUUUCAAUUAAAACAAUCUUAUGAAAUAAAGGACUAGAUU